CGGUAAUUGGCUGUCGGUAACGGCUCGGCCGGUUGGCACUGAGACGGUAUACUCGGUGAUAGUGGUUUUAUCGGUUCGGGCUGUGUGCGGGUCUGUUCCGGCUGCUCGGAGUCUCCUGUGCAUCAUCUGACCGGGCCGUGUUGGCAGCAUCCUGCAGAGAGCCGCGCCCCGCUCCCCCCGCACUGCACACACUGCAAACAUGGCCGACCCCAAAUACGCCGACCUGCCCGGCAUCGCAAGGAAUGAACCUGAUGUAUAUGAAACCAGUGAUUUGCCUGAGGAUGACCAGGCAGAAUUUGAUGCGGAAGAACUGACUAGCACCAGUGUAGAGCAUAUCAUUGUCAACCCCAAUGCAGCAUAUGACAAAUUUAAGGACAAGAAAGUUGGCACCAAGUGUUUGGAUUUCUCAGAUCGAAUCAGCAAGUCAAAGCGAACUGGUUAUGAAUCAGGGGAGUACGAAUUACUUGGAGAAGGUUCAGGAGUAAAAGAAACUCCACAGCAGAAAUAUCAGAGGCUAUUGCAUGAAGUCCAAGAGUUAACUGAGGAAGUUGAAAAAAUACAGAGCACUGUCAAAGACUCUUCUGCAGAAGAGAAACUGAGCCCAGUGGCAUUAGCCAAACAGGUAGCUGGUUUAAAGCGGCAAUUGGUGUCCACGCAUUUGGAGAAAUUGUUGGGUCCUGAUGCUACUAUCAACCUUACAGAUCCAGAUGGAGCACUUGCACAACGUUUGCUCUCUCAGUUGGAUGUUGCCAAAACAAAAAAAGGUCCAGAAUGGAAAAGUCCAGGAAAAAUUUCUACUCAGGAAACUGGGAACUUGGUGACCUAUGAGUUACAUUGCCGCCCUGAGCAGGCCAAGUUUUCUCAUUCUGCAAAGGUCGCUGAACUAGAAAAGCGUCUGGGAGAGCUUGAAGCUGCUGUGCACUGUGAUCAGGAAACACAGAAUCCCCUUACAGUUGGGCUCCAAGGUUCUAGUUUGAUGGGGACUGUUGAAAUUCUACAGGCCAAAGUAAACAUGUUGGAUGUAGCAUCUUUGGACCAAGUGGAGGCCAGGCUUCAGAGUGUUCUGGGGAAGAUGAAUGAGAUUGCAAAGCACAAGGCAGCGGUUGAAGAUGCAGAUACAGAAAGCAAGGUGCAUCAGCUCUAUGACAUUGUUCAGAAGUGGGAUUCCAUGUCCAGUACAUUACCACAAGUCGUUCAGAGAUUGGUAACAUUAAAACAGCUGCAUGAGCAAGCCAUGCAGUUUGGGCAGCUUCUCACCCAUCUGGACACUACGCAGCAGAUUAUAGCAAAUUCUCUGAAGGAUAAUACUGGUGCCCUGGCCAUGGUCCAGAAGGCUAUGAAAGAGAAUUUAGCGACAGUAGAGGACAAUUUUUCAAGCAUUGACUCAAGAAUAAAGAAACUGAGCAAAUGAGUUGUAAUUUAUCCAUACAGGCCUCAUUCCCCAAAAUACUAGGGAAAACAGGAGUUCCUGCAAACUCUGCACUAAUAAAUACCUUCCUGUCCCCCAUGCCUAUAAAGAAGAAGGUUUACCAUUGUACAUAUAUUGUCUUGUUGGCAUAUAUGCCUACCCAUUCCUGUGCUAAGUCCCCUGAAUAUGCUUAUAACGCGUCUCCUAUACCCGCCCAUGCACGGAGUGUUGCUGCAUUCAUGGUAACAGGUGCUGUUAACUGGUUAAGUGCUAGGUACUAAUAGUAUUUCUCCAGGUGCUGCGUUUUGCAUGUUGGCACCUGCUUUGAGGGAAGAGGGGGAGAUUCUAGGGAUCUGAAGCGAUUUUUUCAUAGGCCUUUUAUUUAUAAAUUGAUGUUGUCCUUGUUAACCCAAUUCGUUCCAGAAUGUCAGCAGUGCAUAUAGGAACAAUCUCUUGAAAACUCCUGACAUAACUUUAAACUUCAUUGCAGGUUUGAGGAUAAAGAACAUAUUCUACACUAAAUACUGUCUGAAAAUAAACAUGAGUAACUUAUAAUGAUGAAUAUAUUAAAACUUUAUAGCCUCUUACUGCUUCUUCUUACAUUAAAUGGAUCUUUCCAAAAUGA